CGGCAAAUCUCCACGUGGGCCAGGACGACCCUCAUGCAUUACGCACUCAAACCUGGCGGGAUGAGGUGAGGUGCUGCCUGCCGCCACCAGUUGCCGCCACAUGCCUUCCGUCACACAGAAGACCAGUCAGCUGGCUCGCGAUACCUCAGCGUAUUUCUAGAGUGCUCUCAUUUCAUUUCUCUAGACACGAUGUCAUCCAACGAGGAAGUUGAAAUCAAGGGUGGACAUCCUCCGGCAAUGAAAGUUGGUGGUGUGCGGAUUCCUCAGAGGCACAGGGGUGUGGAUGAUAAAGAAGGAGCACCAGCUAAACCCCACAAGGACAGUGAAGAGGAUCAUGAGGAAGAGGAAAUGCCUGUUUCUAAGAGCCCUCCGAAGCCUCCAAUGAUGGUGUCUGGUGUUGUUGCAAAAGUGGACAAAGACUUCCCUACUGCUGCUGUGAAGCACACCCAUGAGAAGCCAGUGCCCACCCAUGAUCCUCGACCCACACAUGCCGUCAAGCCUGGAGUGAUUCAGCAACCUAGGAAGUAGACAAAAGUUUUCGGCCUCUAACCAUCCUAGAGUGAAAUGGUAGCCCUGUAUUUUCUUGCUCUAGGUCCUCAAGGUGUGUAAGCCAUUGUCCAACUUUUCCAUUCCAUUUUUUUUUUUCUUUUUUCUCCAGAGUAAAGCUUUUUCAGCAGAACACGCAUUGUUAAUGUGGCAAAUAUCAAUUUUGAUAGGAGGUAAUUUUUAUCUGGAAGUAAGUUUUCACUCCUCUAGUUUACAUCUCUGGCAUCAGCAUAGAAUUCUUUUUAAGGCGUAGUAAUACAAAUUUGAAGUUGAUAUCAAAUGUACAGAAAGGUCUUGGUAUAGAUGUGUGUGUAUGAUUGAUGCCUUAAAUUUGCUGCCAUUAUUCAUCUUGCCCUCCACCAAACUACUCGCUCAAGUGUUCAGGGUAACCAGCUACCAAGUGCUCAGAACAUUUUUUUCAGGGAAAGAUGACUUAAGUAAUUGCCUCCCCCAGUUAUUAGUGUACCUGAUGACGACAGGUUACCCUAAGUGCACUCUGGCACUGUAAAAUCCAAAAGUGCGAAACCAUAACUUCUCAAGCAUAGCAGGUGAAAUUUGACAUGCGCAGUUGGUAGUUGUACAUAACUCUAAUGAAUGCAACUUAACCAGUACAAAUAUAUCAUGUAUUGAAUUAAGAGAAUGUAUUUAUAUAGCUAGCUUUACUGAUUGCUUUAAAUUUAUAAAAUGGUGUUAACAGGAUAUUAGUACAACAUUGGUGCAAUUGUAAACUUUAACAUAAUACUGGAACUAUAUAAUACUGGAAUUAUAAAAACCUAGAGUAUCUUGAAUCAUUUGUUUAGAAGAUACAUUGUCUAGGUUAGUUGCUAAUGGGAAGUAUCCACCAAAGCUAAAAUGAGGUGAUUUACAUUUAUUGGAUAUUGAUUUCUAAUGACUGAAAUAUUUACUAUGGUUUCUUGUGAGCUACAUUGUUACAUUGAAUACAGGUUAGCCUAGACAAUAAUGCAAAUGGUACUUACAUGGAGAGAAGCACCAAUAUCCAAAUUAUCCAUGAAUCUGCCAUGUCAUAAGCCUGACCUGUGAAUGGCUGUGGUGACUAAACUGUGUGUCUGUGUGUGUGUGUAGAGUUGUGAUAAUGGGGAAUUAGUGUUGUUCCCAAGCUAAGUGCUUUCCACUUAUGCUGGAAGAUAUUUUAUGUUUUAAGUCUUCUUAAGUAAUUUUUAAUUUCAUCUUGGAGAGGAAAUUUAAUGUAAGAAUUCAUUUAUUUCUCAUGUAGCUUUAUUUUUCAGAAGUGGGAGUUAGUAUUUAGUGUGGGUCUGGAAGCUUUAUAAUACUUUAUAUACAUGGGAAGUGUUACCCACUUCAUCUGGAAAGCCAAGUUUUAUGAUUAGGCUCCUCUAAGGAAAAAUAAUUGGUUUGUGCUAGUUGGAUGUUGAAUAUUUUUGGGUGCCUUUUAUAUUAAUUUUACUCUUUGGUAAGAAACUUUGUACAACAUUUGUAUGGUCUGUUUGUGGUUUGAUGAGUACACCUUUAAAGGCUACCUCCUAACACCCUGCUGUUAAUACUCAAACCACAAAGUACUUUGUACUCAACCAUCAGAGUACUUUCAAGAGUGAAACUUGAGUGCUGUUCAGUAUUAAGCACUUUGCAUAGUCUUAUUAACAGUAGUACUAUGAAGAAAUUUUCCCAAAUGGGGAUUAUUUUGUGUAUCCAAAAGAACUGGUAGUGGGUGCUAGAUUUUUCUGGUUUAGAUUUUUUAGUUGAUCUCAAGAUCAGUUUAUAUGCUAAAACUGUUUGCAUCUUUCCUCUUCAGAAAAAAAAAACAUUAAAAUAAAUAAAGCUUUGUUGGGAUAACUGGUUUUGGGUGUAAGCUUCCUUGUUUAAGUUUGUAUUAACUUUGGUGUGCAAUUUACCUAGUCUAGCUAUGUUAUCUUAGCUAGUCAUUAGUUUGAUUUCCAUGGCAUGACAUUCCUCUUGUAAUUUUCUUUCUUACUUUUUAUUGUAUUCUGAAGUCCCUUUGGAAGGCACUUUAGUUACAUGAUUACAGUUUUCAUUCCAUUUUAUUUUGUGCACUUGCUACUUGUAACAUCUAAUGAAUUUUUGAAAUGUCUAAAUUUCCUAAGUUUCAAAUUGUGCAACUGACAUAAACAACAGCUACCUAGGUAAAUAAUUUCAAGUGAUUGUCAUUUGCAUGAGAAAAAAAUAAAGUAUGAAACCAG